AUCAUCGUCUUGUUCCCUCUCUCAUGAAGAAGUUUUACGUCCCAAAGAGCUGCUGACGUUGACUAUCCGACUGAUAGGCUUCUUACCGGCACGAUGGAGCUCCAUAUUGUGCAAGGAUCUUCUAAGAAGGACGUAUGCACCGUUUCCGGCCUCACCGCAGUUUCGACGAUCCUCGACGUCAAGAAGAAGAUCUAUGCCACGAAAAAGAACCUCUAUCCGGACCGUCAGUCGCUGAAGAUCGACGCAAAGUCGAAAUCCUUAAAUGACAGCGUCACCUUGGAGAGCGCAGGCAUCAAGUCGGGCCAGCAGAUCAUUCUGAAAGAUCUCGGACCACAAAUUGGCUGGAAGACGGUUUUCCUGGUUGAAUACGCAGGUCCGCUUUUCGUGUACCUACUUACUUACACCCGUCCGGCUGUGAUCUAUGGAAAAGGAGCCAGGGAUACACCUUAUGCAGAUGUGGUCCACAUUGCGGCCGCCUGCUGGGCUAUCCAUUACGGCAAGCGACUCCUCGAGACUCUUUUCAUCCACCGAUUCUCCCAUGGAACGAUGCCAAUCAUGAAUCUCUUCAAAAACUGCUCCUACUAUUGGGGUUUCGGCUUCUACAUCGCCUACUACGUCAACCACACUCUUUACACUCCCCCGGCUUGUUCGUGGCAGAUCUACGGCGCUCUCGCCCUGUUUGCGUUCGCUGAACUCGGAAACCUCAGCAUCCAUAUCGCUCUGCGGAACCUCCGACCAGCCGGUUCUAAGGAACGUCGCAUUCCGUUCCCAACAGCGAACCCGUUCACGAAACUUUUCGACUUCGUCUCCUGCCCCAAUUACACCUAUGAAGUUCUAUCCUGGAUCGCUUUCAGUGCCAUGACGAACUGCGUGCCUGCGGGUCUCUUCACGUUCGCCGGAUUCUAUCAAAUGGCUGUCUGGGCUCUUGGCAAGCACAGGAACUACAAGAAGGAAUUCAAAGAUUAUCCCCGAAGCCGCAAAGCGAUCAUUCCUUUCGUUUUGUGAGCUCGAGGACCCACAACAGACUUCGAACGGCUUUAUGCGACCGACGUACAUUCCAAAAUACUCGACUGAUCACCAGCGACCGCUUCUGAUCCGAUCAGACUCGCUGACGAAAAGCAAACCGAUCAAACCCUAAUCAAAGAAAGUGACGGGAGAGAAGUAAAAGCCAAGUGUCGCAAGUCGCUGCGACUCGAAUGCUGAGGAUGACUUGCCCAGAACGAGUAGUGAUUCCACGACGGUAGAACGAAACCGGAACGAGGAGCGGGAUAUUUUAAGAAUUUCUUCGGAGUUCGUUCGGAUUUUUAUUUCAAGUACAUGUCAUCAGAGAAUAAGGUGACGGAGGGUUCAUAGCACCACUGAUGUCCAAGGGUCAAUCGGUUCUUCUACACACAUACGCUGUUCCCCGCUGGGAUACAGACCCGGAUGAUGGUCAGAUCCAUGUUUGGGAGUGAAGUUCCCAAUUAUACAAUGAAUAAAUGAAUUCAGAAGCAAGAAUGAAAAAUUCAUGAGAAA